CUGCUCUUCUUUCUUCCCGCUGAAGCCACCCGAAGAAAAAAAAAAAAAAAAAACCCAGCCAGCCUUUGAGAAAACCAGUGAGAAAGCUUGAUUUCUCCUUCUUUUCUUGUCCAAGAACCUGAUUUGGAACCUUUUCCCCUGCAGGAAGCAUCCGGAUCUGCUGCUGCUUCCUCCUCCUCACCGCCGGCUGCUCCUGCUUUGUGGGGGUGAAAUGCUCGGUUUUUUGCCCCGUGAGUCCCCUGCACUUGCCGCCGGCCUCCUCCCCAAUUUACACUCUGGUUUUGCUUGCUGGAUUUAUGAAGCGAAACCGAGGAUGGGGAAACCACGGGAAAUUUUGAUGGUAUCAGAUUGUGGUAUGUUAAGUUCCGAGCCUUGUGCAUUUGUGGGACCCUCUCACGAGUGGAUGGCGUUUGUCGCACCUCGAAUUUGGGUUUUGGGGCGUGACAAUCUACCAAUACCUAAGCUUGGAUGGUAAUUCAUUGCUAAAAUGUUAUCUCAAAUUCCUCUAAUUCAAUAGCUUGCUUGAUCAAUCUACUUGAACACUCUGGCCUUUGAAGUAUCUAUCUAAGAGGCUGAUCUAUAAGAACAAUUAUUGGGUGAGACUAGAAGUACGACCUUAACUUUGAAGUUGAGAUGACAACUGCUAGUGUUGAGUUUUUGUAGUUUACCUUCAUCUCUUACUAACACAGAACUGAUUGCUUCAUUUGAGAUGUUGAGGUAUAAAUAUAAAAUUUGACC